UGCGUGGUUUGAAUAUUCCUGCUUGUUAGCAUAUCCACACAGGGUUUUAAAAUAUAAAAGACGUACCUUAGUGAAAUGAUCCGCUUACCGUUUUGGGGUAGAUAUACUGUUGAUUAUUCGUAUCGAGAUGAGAAUUAAAUAAACAAAGGUCUUUCUCGAGGGGAGUUGUUUUCGACAGUCCUUUUUUUUUUUAAGUUUGUUGUCGUGUUAUUAGCGAGCUAACGUCAACCGUGGCGGUGAACAGGUACGUGUGGCCAGGUUAAAAUGCAAAUUUAGCUCACAUUAGCUGUUGAUGCAAGUGUGAUCUUACAUUUAACGCCCAUUUUGGAAUAUCUUGAAUAAGGAUCUCUGCUUUAUAUGAAAAAAAAAAAAAAAAAAAAAAAAAAAAACAUAUAUGGGUGGUUUUCCCAGCAUUGUGGAUUUCAUUCUGAUCACCAGCAUGCAUUGACCGCAAGCAACUGCUCUAGUCGGGAAACGCGCAUCAAAUCCAUCUUUUUCUCGGAAAGUUGACAACACUUUAAUCACCGGAAUCCCUCACUAUGUGCUGCGUGUUUUUCAGCCGCCAGCGCACGCGCCUCUCCUGAAAGCGUGUUUAGAAACUGCACAGACAACUGAAUAUCCCUGCCACGCAAAUCAAUUAGUGAAAGAUCAAGCUUUGCAACCAGGGGACGCGUUUGUUGUAGGAGGACCAUCCUGUCUUCAUCAAAGAAAUCCCGUCAGUCAUUCAGAGUCAAGAAGCCGCAAUAAUGACAGUACUUUGACAUUCGCGUCUGACACAUUUACGCAGAAGAAACUUAGGACAGAUGUUUAUCACCAAAAUGACACCGAGUCAGGCCAGUUUGUUUGGACAGAUAGAAGACCUGCAGGACCUUUCUUUCAUCGAGAGACCAAUACGCAGGAGCCUGAAGACUGCAGAAGAGAUUGACAAACUCACAGUGGAUGAAGAUUUGAAUGACAUAGAGCGAGCAGUCUACCUUCUCAGUUCUGGACAGGAUGUCCAACGAGCCAGUGUGAUUAUCAACCUGCCAAACCUGGUGCGUCAGAACCCAGCAGAGACGUUCCGCAGGGUGGUGCCAAAAGUCAGGGAGGUUCUCCAUGUAGCCGGAGCGGAUAUGCAGCUUGCCGCAGCAGGGUCUUUCCUGACCAUCCUCCAAGAUGACAUUGUUCUCAUCCAGACACACACCCACUCAAUCUUGCAGAUAGUUCUUCUAAAUCUCGACCACAGGGACACAGUGGUCAGCAAUGCUUGGUUGGAGACAUUGCUGUCAGCAAUUGAUUCUUUACCAAAGGAAACUAUCAGGCAAGAGAUUCUGAGUCCUAUGGUAUCGAAAGCUCAGCUCACUCAGUCUGUCCCAGCACGUUUGGCCAGCUGUCGCAUCCUUGGGAAGGUAACUGGCAAGUUCGAGUCAUCAAUAGUGAAGAAGGAUCUUCUGCCUUUGGUCAGGUCGUUGUGCCAGGACGUAGAGUAUGAGGUGCGCUCCUGCAUGUGUCGCCAGCUGGAGAACAUCGCCAGGGGAAUUGGAGUGGACCUAACUAAGGUUGAAAUGCUCCCAGAACUGGUUCAGCUGGCCCAAGAUGAAAGCAGUACUGUGAGAUUGGCAGCCUUUGACACCAUCAUCAACCUCUUGGAGAUGUUUGACAGUGAUGACAGAACUUGUGUGAUAUUUCCCUUGGUGAAGGCAUUCUGUGAAAAGUGCUUCAAAGCUGAUGAGGCAGCGCUGACCUCCUUGUCUUGUCAGUAUGGGAAGCUUUGUCAUGGCCUCUCAGACUCUUUCACUGAUGAGCAGCACCUCUGGUUUCUGGAAUUUUAUAAGAAACUGUGCUGUCUGGGUCUGCAGCAUGAAAAUGGCCAUUGUGAGAGCCAGCCCUACCCACUGGAGCUGGAGAACAAAUAUGCUCUGGUACGCAGGAACUGUGCCUACAACUUCCCUGCCAUGGUGUUAUUUGCUGAUCCAGACCACUUCUUGUCUGAAUUAUAUCACACCUUCUCAAGUCUCUGUCAUGACCCUGAGAUUUCAGUACGGAAGACGGCAGCUGAGGGUUUCCAUGAGGUGGUCAAAUUGCUGGGCCCAAAUGUGCAUUACGUACACAAAGAGCUAAUUACUUUGCUGCAGGAUGAUUCAUUAGAGGUACUUGAUGCUCUGUUGAACAAUCUUCAGGAGACUUUGGAGAAGGCCACUUCCAGAGGGGAGGGAGCAGGACCUGAGAGCAAGCAGGUGAAUGUACCAGACUUGGUGCCUGCUCUGGUGGCAGCAGAACAGAAAGCAGCAUCAUCACUGCGCUGGCGGGUUCAUGAGAAACUUCUGCAGUGCUACUCUUGUCUGCCCCGUGUCAUCUCUGGAGACCAGAUCUACUUCCGCUUCCUUCCCAGAAUGUUCAGCAUCAUCACCACCAAUAAUGUUCUGCCAGUCCAACGGGAAGCUGCCAGAACAUUAUGUGUUUUCUUGCGUUAUAACCGCAAACAGGAACAGCGGCAAGAGAUAAUCAGCAAAAUAAUUCAAGAGCUUGCUCAAGGUAGAAGCUAUUGGAACAGGCUGAGGUAUCUGGAUCUGUGUGAGAUCACAAUAGACCUCUUUUCCAAAUCAUAUUUUUGUAAACAUUUCCUUAUUCCAGCACUAGAGUUGGUCAGUGACCCUGUGGCCAAUGUCAGGUACAAGCUAUGUUAUAUGCUGCCCAAACUGAGAUCCACCAUCAGACCGGCAGAAAAACGUCUGCUUCAGCAGCUGGAGUUCUGUUUGCGAAAAUUGUUAUGCUGCGAAAAGGACAAAGAUGUAGUGGCAACUUUGCACAAGAUAGUUCUGGAGGUAGACAAAAUGGACAUUACAGAGCAGUACCAUAAAACACAUGAAAGAGAGCUGUUGGACCAGAAGAAGGAGAAGGAGGAGACUCUUUUACUUGAAAUGGAACGGCUAGAACGACAGCAGAGUGAGGCGAAACUAGCUGGUGAGAAACAUGGUGACAAGAAACGAAGAGACAGCAAGACUGGUCUGUCUGGUAGUAAAGGAAUGUCAGGAUCUACAUUAGGAGCAACAUCAUCCACUUCUACUGGUAAGGAGAUGCGGAGGGCCAAACUAUCUCGAAGUCGUUCCCUAAGCCAUCCCACGACACCCAAGAUGACAAACUCAGAAAAAACAUUAAAAGUGAAGGAUUCAGGAAGUUGCCCUGGAUCAGUAAAGAGCACUAUGCUACCAAUAAAUGACGAUAACCUGCGACCCCACCACUUCAAUGCUGCUUCUUCGAUCUCCUCCACCCCAUCCACCUCCUCCAUGCCUGUUCUGAUCCGCAGCAACACAAGCAGCUCUGUGGAUCACCGGAGUAAUGGGAGUAAAGACACGCAGUCCAGGAAGCUCAGUGUACAACGGAAGUCAAAUUCAUUCGGAAUGCAGUCUGGGAGAGAGUGACUACCACUUUGCCUGGCAGUUUCUGACUUAAAGCAUAUAACUUUCCUUGUAACUGGGCUUGAAGAAGGAGCUCAUGGCCCACUGACAUCCAUUCUGCAGCAGCAUUAUCCCCCCUUUUAUUGUGUCCUGUCUCCUCUAUACCAGAAACAGAAAGGUCUGCAUUGAUCCAUCUCUGCCUUAUUUCACACAAAAAUACACCAAUUGUCAUAAAAUGAAAACAAGAGUUGAGGAGUAAUUAAAUGUAUUUAAUUUACUGCCUCAUUAUUUAGUUUCUUGUAUUAUAGCAUGCUGUGCAAAUUCUCUGUUUUAUAUUUUUGAAGUGGCUAAGAGAAAAAGAAGCACUAUGUAUUUUUAUGAUUGACCGCCUCCUUAAAGAGUUCUGGAACUCUUCAUCCGAUCCUACCAAUGAAACUGUGCCUGGUGUUGCUUAGCACCUGACUUAUUAAUGCCAACAUGUUAGUACCCAAUAAUUUCAAUUCAUGUUGAAUAUGAUGUGCUUGAGUUUCACUUCUCAAUGAGCGAGAAGGCAAACAGAAGCACAAAGAAAGUUACUUGACAAGAUGACAAGACAUGUAACACUAUACUUUGUGAGUUACACACCAAUAAACCUCUUAAAUCAA